AGCAUUCCAGUCUUCACUUCUAUCCUUUGGAGCAUCAGAUUCUAUUAAAAAAAUCUUAAGGAAAUGGACCGAGGAAAAGUGCAAGGAAUGAUGGUGAUGCCACAAAAAAACCCACUUGAACAGUUGCAAGCAAAGUUCAAGGAAGUGGAGAACAAUUUCAGGGGAUGGCUAGCCAAGCAGUCCUUACCCGUCGAGGCCGCCGUGGUAACGACCACUAGCGCGGCUCAGGGUGCUGCUAUCGGUGCUUUCAUGGGUACCCUCACCAACGAUGUCUCCUCUUCUCUUCCAACCCCUCCUCAAGCUUCCCUCGACCCUCAGGCCGUGGCUUCUCUCAAGCAAGCUCAGGCUCUAUCAGGAGGUCCCUUGGUACAAGCUCGAAAUUUUGCCGUGAUGACUGGUGUCAACGCAGGCAUAUCCUGUGUUAUGAAAAGACUGAGAGGGAAGGAAGAUGUCCAAUCUAGCAUGGUGGCAGCUUUCGGUUCUGGAGCCAUGUUUUCCUUGGUGAGUGGUAUGGGUGGCCCAAAUCAGAUUGCAAAUGCUGCUACAUCUGGUCUUUUUUUUGCUCUCGUUCAAGGCGGUCUUUUCCAGUUGGGGCAAAAGUUUUCUCAACCGCCUGCUGAGGAUGUGCACUAUUCCAGAACACGGUCCAUGUUAAGUAGUCUCGGCCUGCAGAACUACGAGAAGAAUUUCAAGAAAGGCUUGUUAACUGAUACCACAUUACCUUUGCUCACGGAUAGUGCACUUAGAGAUGUAAAAAUACCACCCGGACCCAGGCUCCUUAUUCUUGAUCAUAUUCAGAGGGACCCAGAGUUGAAAGAGAAGCAAGGGCGACGAAGACGGUGAGCGUAUAUCGUGCCUUCUCCACUGAAAUGAAUUAUCCUUUUUUAUUUCUUGCUUUUCUGAGCAUCCAAUUUGGAUGAACAUGGUUGUUUAGAAUUCUUUAGACAAGUUUUCUGUAGCUUUAAUUUAUUAAGUAGUUUCAAUUGUUGUUAUAAAGAUGCCAUAUGCAUUAGCUUGAGACAUGA